UCUUUGGUUGGAAACGUUUUUUUUUACUCAAUUUAAUUUGUUUGUUUUCUAAUCAAUUUAAUUGAUUUUAAAUAUUCUCUCUUUUUGUUUUAAUUGUUUCGAAUUGUGAGUUAAUUAAUCAUGUCAUUUGAGAAGCGUCUUGCUGCUAGUAUUGUUCAAUAUCUUGGUGAUCAAUUACGAAGUGAUGAUUUAACUGGUGAAGACAAGGAAGGCUUAGAAGUUGCUAUCCAAUGUCUGGAAACCGUUUAUCGUAUUAGCUCAAGUGAUGUCCAUCUUUUACCAUCUCGAUCACUGGUGGAAAUUUAUCAAGAUGCCAUUAAAAAUGAGCCUUUGGGCAAGGAUUCCGAUGAGCCUGUUUCUGAAGAAGAUCGUAGGGAAGCGGAAAAUCUUAAAACUCGAGGAAAUGACCUGAUGAAAAUGGAACAGUACAAAGAUGCUUUAGAUUCUUACACCAAGGCUAUCAAAUUGGAUCCAAAAAAUGCUGUUUUCUACUGUAACAGGGCUGCUGCUUAUAGUAAAUUAAAUCAACACACCUUUGCUAUUGAGGACUGUCGUAGGGCUAUUGAAAUUGAUCCCAAUUAUAGUAAAGCUUAUGGACGAAUGGGUUUAGCUUAUGCUAAUCUUAAUAAUCAUCAUCUUGCUCGAGACAAUUACAAGAAAGCUUUGGAAUUGGAUCCUCAUAAUGACAGUUAUUCCAGCAAUCUUGCCGUUGCCGAGGACAAUAUAGCUGAACUUGAGAGAUCGAAUCCAUUCUCAACCUUCCUUCAAAAUCCAGCGGUGGCUCAAGUUGCUGAAGGUCUUCUUCAAGAUCCAGGUAUGCAAAACAUGGUUCGAGGUGUGAUGAGUAAUGUUUUUGGGUCUCUGGCUGGUGGUGGUGGUGGACGACCUGGAGGACCUCCGUCCGGUGCCCCAUCAGGUAUCCCUAAUCCUCCUGAGGAUUUUCCUGCACCAGGUGAAGGUGGCCCAGGAAUACCUCCUAUGGGACCCGGAGGUUUACCUGGAGUCUUACCAGGAGGUUUAUCAGCUGAUGCAUUAUCUGGUAUAAACAUUGAAGCAAUGAUGAAUAUUGGUCAACAAUUAGCACGUCAAUUUCAAAAUAUAAAUCCAGAUCUUUAUGAUCAGAUUCGACGAGGAGUCGAUGGUAAUAAUCCACGCAAUAAUGAUAAUAAUAAUUCCAACGAUGGAUCCAACAAUUCAUAAAUUGCUAAACAAAAACUAUUAUUUCCUUUUCUCCUCAUCAGUGAUCAUUUGGUAGACACUGAAAUACUGUUUGAUAAACAACAAAAUGUUUCCAAAUAUGAUAAAAAAAAACAGAGUUUAAUCCUCACAAAUUAAUUAGCAAAGGUAAAACAAAACUGAAAUAAUUUAGUUCAAUACGACCCAGAGACCAUUUGUUAACCAAAAGAAAUGAUAAUAUAAGAAAACAACGAUAAUUUCAAUCCUAAAUCAAGAAUAUGAAAUUUUCGUAUCAAGUAAAAGUGUUGCCAUUUGUAUUAAAAAUGGGGAAAAAAAAUUUUCUCGUAAUUUGUAAAAGAUUAA